UAAUCUUCUCUAACCCUCUCUCAGUCGGCUAUCGUCUCCUUUUGAUCCAUGAUUCUCCCCUGACUGACUGACUGACUGAGAUCUAGAGCAAGUUUUAUAACUAAUGGAAGAACGAAAUCAUUAGUUACCCACUUCAUCAUCUGAUUCAUUGAUUCUCUAUUACCCAAUUGACUAAAUGGCUGGAGGAGAAAACGCUGCUGCGCUCAAUGCUUCUGUCACGUCUCCGUCUCCUUUCCCGAUGCCCAUAUCGAACUCAAAUUCCCCACCGCCGUUUUUGGUAAAGACAUACGACAUGGUCGAGGACCCAUCAACAGAUAAUAUCGUCUCUUGGAGUUCCACCAACAAUAGCUUCAUCGUUUGGGAUCCUCCCGAGUUCGCUAGAAACCUUUUGCCCAAAUAUUUCAAGCACAACAAUUUCUCCAGUUUUGUCAGACAAUUGAACACUUACGGUUUCCGGAAGAUUGAUCCAGAUAAAUGGGCAUUUGCAAAUGAAGGAUUCCUUAGAGGUCAAAAGCAUCUCCUAAGAAAUAUUAAUAGAAAAAAACCUGCCCAUACAAAUACAAACGUUAACCAGCAACCACAACAGCAGCAGCCGCCACGUGGUCAAAGUCCUUCGGUUGGAGCCUGCGUUGAGGUUGGGAAAUUCGGUAUUGAAGAAGAAGUGGAGAGGCUAAAAAGGGACAAGAAUGUGUUGAUGCAAGAGCUUGUGAAGCUGAGACAACAGCAGCAGAGUACAGAUAAUCAGUUGCAAUCGAUGGUCCAGCGGCUUCAGGGGAUGGAGCAAAGACAACAACAGAUGAUGUCUUUCCUGGCUAAGGUGGUUCGUAGCCCCGGUUUUCUUGCACAAUUUAUGCAGCAGCAGCAACAGAAUGAUAGCAGCAGACUCAUAAUGGAAGGAAGUAAAAAAAGAAGACUGAGGCAGGAUGAGCUUUCUGAUAAUAAUCUUUCGGUUAGACCUGCUGACGGGCAGAUUGUUAAAUACCAGCCUUUGAUGAACGAGGCUGCCAAGGCAAUGCUUAGGCAAAUCAUGAAAUUGGAUGCAUCUCCCCUAGUCGAACCGUUUAACAGCAUUGGCGACAACUUCCUAAUGAACGAGGAAAUGGACUACGGGUCUUCUCGUCCAUCGGGAGUUACUCUUCAAGAGGUUGUGCCCCCUCCUCCAUCUCCAUUAAUAUCAGAACAACAACAACAACAAUUUCCUUUAGCCACAGUCCCAAAUCUUCAGUUUUACGUUCCUCCUCCUGAUUCCAACUCUGAAAUGACGAGUCCUUUGAUUGCAAAUGCGCCAGAGAACGCAAUAGAAAUUGGUGAUUUUGAGUGGGAUGACUCGUUACUUGAAGAAGAUGACUUACAGCAGCUACCAGGAAUAGGCGAUCCUUUUUGGGAACAGUUCCUUUCAUCUAGUCCGCGGCCACCUUCUGAAACAGAGGAGAUGAAUUCAAGUUCAAUGGAAGGAACAAAUAACGGUAAUGAAACAAAUGUACCAUCUGAGAAUGGAUGGGACAAAACUGAAUACAUGGAACAGCUUACAGAACAGAUGGGACUUCUUACCUCUGAGAAGAAGGCUUCUUAAUCUACUGCCCAAGUUUGCAACUGUCAAUAUAUAGUCAGCUUUCAAUGAGUCGCUUUCCCUUAGUUCGCCGGUAGUAGUGUGUUUGAUGAUGGAUGUUAGCUGUAAUUACAUGUAUCUUCAACUGUCAACAAUUAUAAGCAUUAGCAUGUAUGGUAAUAAACUGAAUACCAAUGCUGUCGCUGAGUCUGUCCUCAAUCAUUAUUUCUAAACAAGAAAAACUUUUCCUUGUGUUUCUUUAAAGCUUUAGCAAUAUAUUCAAUACAAGAUCUAAAAAUUUUC